ACAAUUUGGGAAACAAAUUCAGAUGUAUAAUUGCUGAUGUUGUAUUUACUCCAGUAACAGUUUAAACAUAUGUGAAUAUGUAAAUGUAUCUGAACUGUGCUGGUGUGCAGGUAAAGGACGCAUGUGCAAACCCUUCAUCAUCUUCUUCCUUCAGUGUGAAUCUCAUUAGAGUCUCACAGCCUGCGGAGCAUCACAGCAGCAUCUGCAUCCACACGAGUCCUUCGACAUGAGAUCUUACUACAUCUGCAUGGUGUGUUUUGUGGCGUGUGUGUUUGGAUGGCAUGAUCUGGAUAACAGUGAAUAUGACUGCUGGCCGCUCGACAAACCAGAUGAACUCAACAUGAUCGACUGUGGAGGUCUAGAGAUGGCGUGGGUCCUGCGUCCUCCAGAGAAGGUUCUGAGUGGUGAGGAUUUCACUGUCAUUUACUCCGUGACUGUCAGAGAUGAGUUUUACCAGUGGGCCAUCGACAAUGACGUCUUCGUACACCGGUCCAUCAAAGAUCCAGCUGAAGCCAGACGCUUUUGUGAGCAGCACGAAUGUCCCACCGACUGGAAGGACGCGAACGGAGAAAACUGCUGCAUCCAUCACGCCAACAUCCACUCCUGCCCCAUGGGAUUCAUGAAACAGGCGGAGGAGAGAAUCUGUGGCCCCUGGAUCCCAGACGACGGCCGGAUAUUCACUCACACCAUCUCCACUUCUGGAAAAAUGACUCAGACCAACUGGAGCGCCAAGGUGGUGUUGUUUCACGAGGGACUGACGUCUCUCAUCGCUCACAUCCGCGUGGGAAACAUGCAGGUCGCACUGGAGGCCAAGAGCACCGUCCUGCCUGCUAUCAUGUGUGGUGAUGGUCUGUGUGAGGAAGAAGAAAGCUGCUCCACGUGUCCCGCCGACUGCGGCGACUGUCCUCUCAGCUCUGCUGCUCGAGCUGCUAUCGCCCUCACCGUCACCACCAUCAUCAUCAGCUUCAUCAUCAGUGCUAUGUGGUUUAAAUAUCAGAAACAGAAACUGUUCUGGGAUGAGAGCUGGAUCAUUGACUUCAAUCACAUUAAACAAGAUUACAUUGCGCGGGCGACGAUGGGCAGCAUCAUGAGCGUCCCAGCAGCAAACAGCGACUCUAACGCCAGCUGUGUGACGGCACUGAGCUCCUACACCGGCGUCACCGCAUCACGCAAACAACUCUACACACAGACCGGCAUCUAUGAUGGACGAACCGUCGCAAUCAAGAAAAUAAAAACGAAAACAUUUUCCCUCUCGAAGACAAUUCGCCAAGAGGUGAAGCAAGUCAGGGAGCUGGAUCAUCCCAACCUCUGUAAGUUUUUUGGAGGUUGUGUGGAGGUUCCCAACAUCGCCAUAGUAACGGAGUACUGCCCUAAAGGAAGCCUGAAUGACGUCCUGCUGAAUGACGAGAUUCCCUUAAACUGGGGGUUCAGGUUUUCUUUUGCUACAGACAUCGCUCGCGGGAUGUCGUACCUGCAUCAGUUUAAGAUCUGCCACGGACGUCUGAAAUCAGCCAACUGUGUGAUUGAUGACCGCUGGGUGUGUAAGAUCACAGAUUACUGUCUGUGGACGUUUCGACGUGAGGACUGCGCUGAGCCGCUCACCACAUACCAGCAGAGACUGAAGGAGGUUUACACGCCGCCCGAGGCCCAGAACGGCAGCCAGGAGCCCACGCUGGCCGGAGACGUCUUCAGCUAUUCAAUAAUCUUACUGGAGAUCGCCACCCGCAAUGAUCCAGUGCCGGCUGAGGACAGCUCUCUGGAGUGCGCCUGGUGUCCUCCGCUGCCGGAGCUGAUUUCAGGGAAAGCCGACAGCACCUGCCCCUGCCCUGCUGAAUAUGCUGAGCUGAUUCGUCGAUGCCGUGCUCAUAACCCCGCCCACCGGCCCGUCUUUGAGCAGAUCCGCAAGUUUGUCCACAGAAUCAAUCCACACAAAGUCAGUCCUGUGGACAUGAUGAUGGAGCUGAUGGAGAAGUACAGUAAACAUCUGGAGGUUCUGGUCGGUGAACGAACGCAAGAUCUGAUGCUGGAGAAACAGAAGACCGACAGACUGCUUUACAGUAUGCUGCCUAAACAGGUGGCUGAUGACCUGCGACAGGGCAAACCGCUACAAGCCCAAAGUUACGUCAGCGCCACUGUGUUUUUUAGUGAUAUUGUGGGAUUCACCCAGUUGUCCAGCACUAGUACUCCUUACCAGGUGGUCGACUUCCUCAACAAACUCUACACCACCUUUGAUGAGAUCAUCGACAACUAUGAUGUCUAUAAAGUGGAAACCAUCGGCGAUGCAUAUAUGGUGGUGUCCGGUGUGCCGAGAGAGAACGGGAUUCUCCACGCGUCUGAGAUCGCCAGCAUGGCUCUGGACCUGGUUUCCGUCUGCAAGACCUUCAGAAUCCCCCACAGACCACAAACCCAACUGCAGAUCCGCGCUGGAAUACAUUCAGGUCCGGUCGUCGCAGGAGUUGUGGGAACAAAGAUGCCGAGAUACUGUCUGUUUGGAGACACGGUGAAUACAGCGUCCCGCAUGGAGUCCAAUAGCGAAGCGCUGAAGAUCCAGUGCAGCUCCAGUACAUUUUACCUCCUGGAGGAGAUCGGCGGAUACAUGCUCACCUGCAGAGGAGUCUUACAGGUCAAGGGUAAAGGUGACAUGGUGACGUACUGGCUGGAAGGCAAGCGUUCUGCAGCUCCCGCUAAAGAUGUGAAGAAACCUGUGACGCUGCAGGAGAGCGAGAGACCCGCGACCGUCCCGGACACACACACAGACGAUUACUCCAGUAUCCCAGGAGUCCUCAGCGGCUCCGACAGCUCUGACCUGCUGUGUGACCCCAUCUGACAUCUGUAUAAAGUCACAGGUGUGUGUUUACCACAGGAAAACAGCUUCAAAAUGACUUUUAGUUUAGCUGAUGUUUACUUAGAACAGUAAAAUCCUGACUCUAAUUUAGCUGUACUUCUGUAUGUGUUUGAUCAGUCAGUGUUUGUAGCAUCAGAAUAACAGCAACAGAGCCAAUGAUAGUAAAUACUGGAGUACUGAUUAUAUAUUUAUUAAUAAAAAAAAAUACAAACAAGUGCAUUUAAUGAUGCUGAUAUGCCGCUUGUUUAUUUUUCAUUUUAUUUCAUGAAACCUAAGAAAUUUAUACUUUAAUUCAUCAAGGAUGCAUUUAAUUGAUCAAAAGUGCCAGUAAAGACAUUUAUAAUGUUACAGCAGUUUUCUAUUUCAAAUAAAUACUGUUCUUUUGAGCUUUCUAUUCAUCUGUGAAUCCUGAAAAAUUAAAUGUAUGACAGUUUCCACAAAAAAUAUUGGUCAGCACAGCUGUUUUCAACAUUGAUAAUAAUCAUAAAUGUUUGUUGAGCAGCAAAUCAGCAUAUUAGAAUGAUUUCUGAAGGAUCAUGUGACACUGAAGACUGGAGUAAUGAUGCUAAAAAUUCAGCUUUGAUCACAGAAAUAAACUACAAUUUAACAGAUAUUCACAUAGAAAACAGUUGUGUUUAAUUAGAAUAAUAUUUCAGAAUUUUUACUGUAUUUUUGAUCAAAAAAAUGCAGCCUUGCUGAGCACAAAACACGAAAAUGCAUAUAUUUAAGGGGAGACACUGCAGGCAAAAACACAGUUUUUUCAUGCACCUGUCAGGUUUGAGAUUUUGGGCUUUUUAAAAGUGUUUAUUCAGACUAAUGGAAAGAAAACAUCCAAAAGACACUGUUAAGUGUUUCUUUUAUAGCGCUUUAUCUAUUUGUUUCAAUAGAUUUCAAUUACAAUACAUAUUUUAAAGGCCGUUUUCUCUUACACUGAGGCAUAAAUGUCCACUUCAGCAGCACAUACACACACCACACUUUAUAUUUUUAUUCCUAUCUAUAUCCUGAAGGUUUUUACAGAGGGAUUUGUUUAUAUAUAAUUUGCUUACUUAUAUACAGCAUUUUA